ACUUUCCAUCUUCCACUUUCGCUUUCCACUUAUCUUGCUCCCCAUUGUAGUAAAGUUUGCGACUUUUGCUGCCUAUAAUCGCCAUUUCUUCUUUUAACGACCACCAUUGAUGAAGCAUCAGUCGCUCGUCGAGGUAAAUCCCCAGCCAAUCAUCUCCCGGACUGGAUGCCUUUGCUACUAAGGUGAUCUUAGCGUAGCUCGAUCUCCUCCAGUCUUCAUAAAGGUUCAAUCUUUUGUUGAUCAAUUCCAUCAUUUAGUCGGUUUGGUGCAUCUCUUAACAAAAAGAAAGAAAAAUGGCGAAGGACUACGGUGGAUCGCCGAAAGCCCAUCAGCUCGAGUCGAAAAGAAGGCGCCUGACUUGGAUCCUAGGCGUCAGCGGCCUCUGCGUGCUCUUCUACAUCAUGGGCGCCUGGCAGAACACCGCAGGCCCUCCCAAGGCUCGCGUCGGAGUGAAAACCAGAGAAGAUUGCGAAAACUCGUCAGCCAACAACAACAACAACAACAAUCUCACGGCCUCCACAUCAUCGUUAACAUCACCAACGGAACUGGAUUUCGAGAGCCAUCACCAGAUCGAGAUCAUCGAUUCGAGCGCGACGAAUAAAGAUUUCCCGCCCUGCGAGAUGGCAUACAGCGAGUACACUCCCUGCCAGCACCCUCCGAGGGGAAGAAAAUUCGACAGGGACAUGUUGAAAUACAGGGAGAGGCACUGCCCUACAAAAGAAGAGCUCUUGUUCUGCAUGAUCCCCGCUCCGCCAAAGUACAAGACCCCGUUCAAAUGGCCCGAGAGCCGUGACUACGCGUGGUACGACAACAUCCCGCACAAGGAGCUGAGCAUCGAGAAGGCCGUGCAGCACUGGAUCCAGGUCGAGGGCGAGCGGUUCCGGUUCCCUGGGGGAGGGACCAUGUUCCCUCGUGGUGCCGAUGCCUACAUUGACGACAUCGGUAAACUCAUCCCGCUCACCGAUGGCAGCAUCAGAACCGCCAUCGACACAGGCUGCGGUGUUGCGAGUUGGGGCGCGUACCUGUUGAAGAGGAACGUAUUGGCAAUGUCGUUCGCUCCAAGGGACACUCAUGAAGCCCAAGUCCAGUUCGCACUGGAAAGAGGAGUUCCAGCUAUGAUUGGUGUAAUGGGGUCGCAGAGGCUUCCUUACCCAGCAAGAGCUUUUGACAUGGCGCACUGCUCUCGCUGCUUAAUACCUUGGUUUCAAUAUGAUGGGCUGUACCUGAUCGAAGUGGAUAGAGUAUUGAGGCCCGGUGGUUACUGGAUCCUGUCUGGGCCUCCAAUCAACUGGAAGAGGUAUUGGAAAGGGUGGGAGAGAAGUAAACAGGAUUUGAAGCAAGAGCAGGAUGCGAUUGAGGAUGUAGCCAAACGAUUGUGCUGGAAGAAAGUGGCUGAGAAAAACGAUCUCUCGAUAUGGCAAAAGCCCAUGAACCACUUUGAGUGUGUCCAGAAUAGAAAGGUCUACAAGACUCCUCAUAUGUGCAAGUCCGACAACCCGGAUGCAUCAUGGUACAAGAACAUGGAAACAUGCAUAACUCCACUGCCGAAUGUGAACGGGCCCGACGAAGUCGCCGGCGGCGCGAUAGAGAAAUGGCCGGAGAGGGCCUUUGCCGUCCCGCCGAGAAUCGCGAGCGGCUCGAUACAGGGAAUCACGAUCGAGAAAUUCAACGAAGACAACGAGGCGUGGAAGGGGAGAUUGAGUCACUACAAGCAGAUCAUCAACCCUCUGGCUCAAGGGCGGUACCGCAACGUCAUGGACAUGAACGCGUACCUCGGUGGAUUCGCCGCCGCGUUGAUCAAGUACCCCGUCUGGGUUAUGAACGUCGUCCCCGCCGAUUCGGAUCGAGACACUCUCGGCGCGAUCUACGAGCGAGGGUUCAUCGGGACGUAUCAGGACUGGUGCGAGGCCUUCUCCACGUACCCGAGGACGUACGAUCUCAUCCACGCAGCUGGCGUUUUCAGCAUUUACCAGGACAGGUGUGAUAUUACUAUGAUUCUACUGGAGAUGGACAGGAUCCUGAGGCCAGAAGGGACGGUGAUAAUUAGGGAUACGGUGGAUGUGUUGGUGAAAGUUCAGGGGAUAACGAAUAGAAUGAGAUGGACGAGCCAGAUUAUGGACCAUGAGAGUGGACCGUUUAAUCCAGAGAAAAUCUUGGUUGCUGUCAAGACUUAUUGGACAGCUCAAGGUCAAGAGUUACCGAAACAGAAUUAGUAGUAUCAACUUAUGUCCUUACUUUCUGCAUACACAUAUUAGGCAUGUAACUUGUUACAAAAUCAAUCAAAUUUUGUCUCUGCACUUGCUGAAGCCCG